GGGGGGGGCGGCGGCGGCGGCUGCGAGGAGGGGCCGUGCUCUCCCUGUGUCCCCGACUUGCGCUCUGGCGGCUGCCGCUGCCGCCGCCAUGUUGGCUUGAGCGGCGAUGACAGGAGGCGGCUGCGGCGUUUGAGACUGAAAAGUGGAGGAGGAGGAGGAGGAGAGACAAAGCUGCGAGAGGAAGCCAUUCCCGGGCUGAGGAGAGGGAGGACCCGGGCUCUUCCGGGGACCAGCCGAAGUCGGCGUCGGAGGGGAGGGGAAGGCGGCGCCGGGGGGGUGGCGGAGGCAGGAGAGGAGCGCCGAGAAGCCGGAGACGAUGCGCCCCGAGACCCGCCGCUGCCCGCAGGCGCCCGCGGCCUGAGCCCCGAGGGGCCGUGGGGUCUCCCGCCCGGCCCGAGCUCCCCGCGUCCCCCGCCCCGGGCUUUCGCUUCGGCUCCCAACUAGUUCAAUGCCCUUGAGCGCGGGGUUGCGCGGCUCGGCCCUCGGCCCCGGCAGCGCGAGUUGAGCCGUUUGCCCGAGCCGACCGCCGGCUCCCGCGUCCAUGUGCAGCCGCAUAGUUAUCUGUGUGCGUCCACGCCGGGGCAUUUUCCUCCUGCUUAAUGAGGACUUGACUCGGGAGCAAGUGUGAAUCACUGCCGGGCUGGGAGAGGAGGAAGGCGGAUUUAACCCCCUCCCACCCGCUCCAUGUCCGUGUGUCACUCGGCUCGGUGCACCUGGCGCGGCCGGUCCUGGCGCCGCCGCUGCUGCUGCUGCUGCUGCUGCUGACGGCGGGCGCUGCCGCGGCCGUCCCGGGAGUUCCCUCCGGCGCCGGCCUCCCAGCCGCGGGGACCGCUCCUCCUCCAACCUCGGCUCCCGAGGAACUUCUUUUUGGGGAAAGCACAUCACGAACCAAUCAAGAUCGUUAAGGCUGAUUUCUGUAGCUUCAAGACUUCUGUUCUUUUUUGCUUGUUGUCGUUUUUCGCCCCCCCCUCCCCCCGAUAAACAUCUGGGUGAAUCUCAAACGGCAAGAUGUCCAGUAAUGUCCCGGCGGAUAUGAUAAAUUUGCGCCUCAUCUUGGUAAGCGGGAAAACAAAAGAGUUCCUGUUUUCUCCUAAUGAUUCUGCCUCUGACAUUGCGAAGCAUGUGUAUGACAAUUGGCCAAUGGACUGGGAAGAAGAGCAGGUCAGCAGUCCAAAUAUUCUACGACUUAUUUAUCAAGGACGAUUUCUACAUGGAAAUGUCACAUUAGGAGCAUUAAAACUUCCUUUUGGCAAAACGACGGUGAUGCAUUUGGUCGCCAGAGAGACACUGCCAGAGCCCAACUCUCAAGGUCAGAGGAAUCGCGAAAAGACUGGAGAGAGUAACUGCUGUGUGAUCCUGUGAACGCCAUGCGCUGCGUGUGCCGGACGGAGUCCUCGUCUUUCAUGCUGCUGGGACAGAGGAGACCCCCGUUGCUUUACCCUUAGGAGGAGUCCGCCUGUAGAUCCACGGACCCGAAUGACCCCAUGAACACCGUCCUCUUUCGUCAUCCACGUAAAGAGAACCAAGGACAUUUUUCCACCAUGAUUUUUUAUUUCUAGUAUCUUUGUUUAUGUUGAGCAGUUUUAAAAUCUGUUGGCUUUUGAGUGCUGCCGUCUCCAGGCACACAGUGAGCAGGUCCUGUCCGGGCGGAGACCGCUCUGCGCACAACUAACAAGUCACGUGUUCCAACGGUCGUUUGCACUAAAAAAAAGAUUGAUGUUGUUUUCCUCAUCAGCUUUCACAGCAUGGUUCAUGGUACCUAAAAAUGCUCAGAAAUACAAUUCCACACUGGAAAACACUCAGCAAUUAACGAAGUUAGUUAACGGGCCAGCUGGAGAGGGGGAAAUGGAAUAGGAAUGGAAAUGGUGGGCGACCGCCACCGAGGCCAGCCGUGGCGGCCGCUCAGGCACAGAAUACGAAACUGAGUGUGACCGUUUUCACGGCCACAGACGAAAAAGCAAAACGUGCCUGUUGAAAGCACUCAGUGGAGAGCUGACGAAACGAAUUGCUUUUCCUUUCACACCCGCGCGGUCACUGAGUGCUCGUCCACACAGCACAGAAGGGGUGCGAGUGCGCUUCCUAGCCUUAACGUGGGAGGGUCAGUUCCCUGCUCGGAGACGUCCGUUGCCGCACAGAGAUCAUAGCAAACCUCAUUUCCUUACCAGUUUUAUGUAUUUGAAGAUCAGCACAUAGAAUUUUCCCAUAAUUAUUGCUCAUCUGUAACUACGUCCCAGGUCACACUCACUCAUUCGAGUUCAAAUGAAUUCUUAAAAUUGAAAUAAUUCUCCAUAGUAACUCGUUUUGUUUCUUUACGCGGUUUGCAUUUGGUAUUAGUGCUUGCAAUUGUAUUGAAAUCAAAAGCUGACUUUUAAGGCAUACUACAUGAUUAAGGAUGCCAUUCUUUUGUUUUAUACCAAUAAUUUAAAAAUUGAUAUGCUAAAACCAAUUUGCACAGCACUAAAGCAUGAGCUACUUUCAUCUAACCCUGUAAAAAUAUAAAAGAUUUUAUAUUUUUUCACUGGGAAGAAAUCCUUCCUGGAUGAAAUCACAAAUAUGUGUAGAAUAUAUUUAAUAAAAAACUUAUAAAAUACCUAACUAUAGAACUGAAAUAUAGAUUGGCGUGCAGCAUAGAGAACAAUACUCCAUAUAAAUGACUUUAGCCUUUAUGAAAACGAAGUCGCGGCCUGACACUGUGUUCUGUACUGAAAUAAGUGUCCGUGGCCCUUAAAAACAUUCAGUGUAAAUGGUUUCAGAUGGUCAACUUUGUCUCAAAGCAAUCUGGUUAUUUUACUCAUUGUCAGUGCUUUGAUGGAAAGAAAGGCUUUAUAUGCAGUAGAUCUUCGAAAAUCUUGUUCAUACUGAUCAGAAUUAAAUUUGUAUAGAGCAGAGUUUUAAAAUGAAUGUAAAUAGCACUAAACAUUUUCUUUCCGCAACCUGUACUUAGAGAUUCUUUCUGUAAACUAAACAAAUAAAAUAUCGUAGUGCAUUUAUUUCAGUGGUAAUUUUAAAGGUCUUGAUUAAGUCGAUUGUUGUUUAAGCACCGUCUCCUCCAUGUUCAAAUUGUGUUCUCCUUUGUUUCGGACUCUUUAAGCAUUUUGUUUCCUAAUCUGUUGUUAGCUCCAGGAGUGUUCCCAGUGUACCUCUGAUAUUUAACCUGGUUCAUUUGUGCACAGAACAACGAUGGGUAGAAUCAUGCAGUCUCUGUCAUCACUCGGAUGUUAAAUAUUUAUAUGCUUUGUUGACUAGCUCACGUGUGAACUCUGUUAGUGUUUGACGCAGGAAGAAUCUGGUAGUUUCUUAAUUGGGCAGCGAAGCCAUUUAUGGCUAUGUUCUUCUUUUGGAAAGCAAUUACGACUGGUAAUUAUUUUUAAUACCUGUUUUAAUUCUAAUUACGCUUCUGUUUUCCCAAAGUUAAAGACUAUCAGUUCAUUAUGAUUGAAUUUUUAUGAUGGUUUAAAAAAUACUGUCUAUUGGUUUUCAGUAUAUUUUUCUGUGUGUUCUCAUGUUAUAAAUUUCCCUUCCGCAAGACCUCAAUUUAAAGUUCGCAAAAUGGAUAAACUGGUUCAUUAGUAGAGAAAGAAUUCUAUCACUUAGUUCCUAAUAACAUUAUUGUGCAAAAUGAAAAAAAAUAGCAGUAAAAUUAUAUACUGAAAACACCAAAAAUUUAGAUGCCUUAAUAGUACAUACACGAAAAUACUCAACUCUCCCUUUUAAAAUAGUUCCUUGGACCGCCUGACGAUUAAAAUAUGAUUUAUCGUAUCCAAGGCUACUGUGGAAGCUCCCUCUGCCAAAAAUAACAGCUCACUUGCCGCAAGGUAAAGGCUGCAAAGAUCUGGUGAUGGAAAUAAAGCCUGACUUACGGGCUUGUGACCCUGCCCAGCACCUGGUAUCCAGCCCACGUCUUUGACCUAAAUUAGCCUAGACUUUGUAAGUGUUCUGGACAAGGCAAAGCUUUUCUUCUUUGUUAAAACCUCAGCAUGUCUCCCUGAUCUGAACUACUUGCUUUCUCUCCAGGAUAGGUCGUAUCUCCUCCUCUCAUGAAAAAUAGAGUAUCUACCAUCGUCAGUCACAUUAAAUGAGGUUUUCUCAUAACCAACAUUUACCCUUAGUUUUAUGUCACCUUGACCAAUGUUGCAGUAAUUUCUGUUAGCUGAUUGUGGUAAACAAUGUUUCAUGUGAAAACAAAUUAAAACUUUCUUCAUCUGUUGCAGAA